AUGCCCGUCAGGGAGCGCCACAGCUCGCGGACCACUAGCGUGCUUGCGCCGAUCGCCGCGGCUCCAUCCGCGCAAGUGCCGCCUCAAGCCCCGGACGGCUUCGUCAAGCUGUCCCGCAGCAGCAGCGCCACCCUUCGCGGGCGCAGCCAGCACGGGCGCCAGCAGCACCGCGAGCUGGUCCGCCGCGUCCAGGCAAGAGUCACGCUGGCGGCCACGGAAGAACACGGGUCUGCGGAGGCUGGAGUGCCUCCGCCAGGAACUGGAGCGGCUCAUCGGCAUCAGCUGGGAGAGCAAACGGAGCCGCCAACGAGCCGCCACCCACGGCCACAAACUCCACUCCCGCAACGGGCGGAACCGGCGGCAGAUGGAGACGAGAACCGGGAGCAGGUGCCGAUACAGCGGGAGAAGGAGCUGGCGGCGCAAGGAUCUAAGGAGGAGGCGCAGCAACAGGCUGCGAGGUCGCGGGGAGCGCGGCCGGAUGAGGAGCCUCGAGGGCUGGCGAGGCACGCAUCGAACUGCUUUGGCUCUGCGCCGCCCUCUCCUCCCGAACCGCCCUCGAUACUUCCCGCUGAAGAUCCGCCAUCGUCACAGGCGGGCGAUACCCCCCACCCCCGCCACGAGCACGGGGACCCCUCUAAUCCCCCUGACCCCCGGGGCGACGGAGGGCGUGACGGCUGGCUUGCAGGAGCCACCGCCGUCACAGCAGGGGCGGACUGGCCCGCCGCCGCAGGCGCAACCGACGGAGCCGGCUCGCCAAUGGUGGCGGACGCCGCCUUUGGUGACGAAGCAGAGGCCUACGCAGGCAGGCAGGGGACAGAAGCGGUCGGCGCAACUGGGGCGCCAGGGACAGGUGCAGGGGGUUCAGCAACACCCCCAGCAGGGGCAGACGCCGACGGCUCGACAAGGGGAGCCAGGGGGCCAGGUGCCGCAGGCGGAGCAGACGGAACAGCAGCGGGAGCGGACGGGCCUGCCUCUGACCCGACAAGGGGAUCCGCGGGUGCGUGGGGAGGAGUCUUUUCAGAGACUGCUGUCACGGGUUUCGGAGCCAGCGGUAGAGGGGGCUUCGUCGCCAUGGUCGCCCUUUCGGGCUCCGCCGGAGGCUUGGCGACCGCAGCCGACCAGACGGCAACGAGCUCUGGCGACGGCUCAGGUGCUCCGGCAAUCACCAUCCCUAGAGCAAGGAAGACGCGUGGCGAGGAGAGAAACCGUAAGCGGAACAGGCGGAGGGCCAGAGAAUGGGUAUCAGGCGACGGCGAGAAUGGCUUUAAACAAUGUGGACGAAACUAUUAG